GCAACCCGAGAGCUCAACCAGUUCUUUGUCUGUCGUACGACUGUCCUCUUCUCGUCCUCUGUAAUAUGAAGCUCACCCGUGUCGCCGCUGUCGGCCUCCUCUUUAUUGCUGCCCGCACGGCCGACGCUCAGUCGUCCGCCAUUACGUCUGGUAGCACGUCCAACAACGCCGCGCCUGCCUCCGAUACCUCCCCGACGUUUGUUGCGACAUCCUCCGUGGAAACAAGCGGCAGCGCGUCCAAGACUGCGAUUGAGCCAGAAUCAUCGGCUGGCUCGGUCAGCGAUGCUACGCCUGCCCCGAUCGAAGACGUCAUCCAGGCCGUGAUCGCCGCUGGUGCCACGCCCGAGCAGGUG